ACCCGCCGAGACACCACAGGAAACACAACCCACUCUCUCUCUCUCUCUCUCUCUCUCUCUCUCGACUCCCCCCCCAAUCCGCAGCUCCGCACGCGCUCCUCGCCUCCGCCAUGUCUGGCCUCCUCCGGUGGAGGCGCCUCGCCGCCGCAGCCACGCGCGCCGCCUCCACCCUGACCGCAGCCGAAUGCUCCCCUGCCAUCGCGGCGGUCCCGCCACCGCACCGCCUCCUCCAGGAUCGGCGCAAGUGGGAGGGCCCCUCGUCCUCCUCCGGGGGCGGCUCCUCCUCGUCCUCCUCUAACGACGAGCCGGAGCCGCGGCGUAUCCGCGCGGAGGCCCACUGCCCGCGCUGCUCCAAGCACAUGGACAUCCUCUUCUCCCACCGCGCCCAUCCCCCUUCAGCCCCCGCCGCUGUCGGCGGCUAUCAGACGCUCAACCUCUGUCCCAACUGCCGCACCGCCUACUUCUUCCACCCCAACCACCUCGCGCCACUUCAGGGCACCUUCGUCGAGAUCGGCCGCGUCCGGGCUGACCUGCCCCCGGACGGCGUCAGGGUCAGGGACCCCUCCUCCUGGGAAGCCAUCCGUGCGAGCUCGUCUUCGCGCAACGAUGGGGAUGGUAGUGGCGUGGCCGUGCAUGUGCCGCCCGGGCCACCGUUCCAUCCUAGCCUUAACGUCGUCCGCGUAGCCGGAGGCGGUGGCGGGGGAGGAGCUGCUGGCGGUGGGGGCGAGGAGGGAGGGGGAAAGGACGGAUGGGGCGGGUCGAACCUUGGGAAGGAUUUUCCGACACCUAAGGAGAUUUCCAAGGGGCUCGAUAAGUAUGUGAUUGGGCAAGACCGAGCCAAGAAGGUGCUAUCUGUUGCAGUGUACAACCACUAUAAACGUAUAUACCAUCAGUCUCUACAGAAAGGGUCUGGAGCAGAUUUGGGUUGUUCUGAUGGAGAAGCUGAUGGUGAAGACAAUGUUGAACUAGAGAAAAGCAAUAUACUGUUAAUGGGCCCUACUGGUUCAGGUAAAACUUUGCUUGCAAAGACAUUAGCUCGGUUUGUGAAUGUGCCAUUUGUAAUUGCUGAUGCAACAACAUUGACCCAGGCAGGGUAUGUAGGAGAAGAUGUAGAAUCUAUAUUGUACAAGUUACUUACGGUGGCAGAUUUUAAUGUGCAAGCAGCACAACAAGGGAUGGUGUACAUUGAUGAAGUUGAUAAGAUCACUAAGAAGGCUGAGAGCCUUAACAUCAGUAGAGAUGUAUCAGGCGAAGGUGUUCAGCAGGCUUUGUUGAAAAUGCUGGAAGGCACAAUAGUCAAUGUCCCUGAGAAAGGAGCAAGGAAGCAUCCUCGUGGUGAUAAUAUACAGAUAGAUACGAAGGAUAUUCUGUUUAUAUGUGGGGGUGCUUUUAUUGACUUGGAGAAAACUAUAUCAGAGAGGUACCAUUGUUUUUUACAUGUUUCAAAGUUGCUAUCUCUGGUGUUUCCUAUCAGUCUUCAUCUAAGGGGCAUCCCACCCCCUUUUUGUGUAAAUAGGCGGCAGGAUUCUUCUAUUGGAUUUGGGGCACCUGUCCGUGCAAGCAUGAGGACUAGUGGUAUUUCAAGUGCUCAAGUGACAUCGUCCUUGUUAGAAUCAGUUGAGAGCGGCGAUCUUAUAGCAUAUGGACUCAUUCCGGAGUUCAUUGGACGUUUUCCUAUCCUUGUCAGCUUGGCAGCACUAAAUGAGGACCAACUUGUUCAGGUUCUCACCGAGCCAAAGAAUGCUCUAGGUAAACAAUUCAAGAAGUUGUUCAGCAUGAAUAAUGUUAAGCUUCACUUCACGGAUGCUGCACUAAGAAUAAUUGCCCAGAAGGCAAUGUGCAAAAAUACAGGUGCACGGGGCUUAAGGACUAUCCUUGAGAAUAUUCUCAUGGAUUCCAUGUAUGAGAUUCCAGAUACAAAAUCUGGAGAGAAGCGAAUUGACGCAGUGGUUGUAGAUGAAGGUGCAGUAGGAUUGGUGGACCGACCUGGCUGUGGAGCUAAGAUCCUUUACGGCGAUGGUGCAUUUGAUCGUUAUCUAUCCCAGAUAAAGGCAAUGGGAGACGGAGCAGGAAGCGAAGUGGACGGGGAUCCUGACCUUUCUUCGUCAAGAGCCAUGAGCAUGUGAUUUCAUGGUUCCUCUAGCUCUACUGUACACUGUAAAAUCUGAUCCUAGCUGUAUUAAUGUAAAGAAAAAAAACACAUGUGCAGUACCCAUUGCUAAUUCAAACCCCAGCUGUCUGGCCGUCCUCACGCCUUGCAUAAUCUGUAGCAGGAUUGGGAAGUGUAUAGUGGAGCAAGUUGGGUGUCGACGUGUGUGUGAAGGUGAGAGACUUUUUAUGUGAAGAACUGUAAUGCUUGCCAGAUGUUGUAAAACUUCAAACACUGAGAUGAAGGGGCUGAAAUUUAGCAUGGAGAUACGAAAUCAUGUUAUCA